AUGGUGAAGAGUGGUCAAAUCUUUCGGCCCCACAAGUAUUAUUAUCCCAUCAUUUAUCCGGGCAUCUUCCCUUCCUUCUCUCAAAGUUCAGACCCUCAUUUUCUGCUGCUGCCGCACUCAAAAAUGGAAGGAAAUCUUGAGAAGGAUACAGCUUUGAAGAAUGAGAAUGGAAUACCCGAUAAUGAUGAUAAUGACUCUGGUGAAAAAAUGAAUAUUCAAGGGUUUGGACAAACAUCACCUAACGAAGAAGUGAAAAUUCCUGAGGUUGGUAUGGCUUUUCGGUCCUAUGACGAAGUUCGUAAUUUUUAUAAUAGGUAUGCACAAUCUGUUGGCUUCAAUACAGCUAAAGUUAGCACCAAGAAUGGAGAUGAUGGGAAGCAAAAGUAUUUUUCGCUUGCAUGUGCUCGAAGUGGUAAGACACCGCCUUCGACAGCUGGGAAGAACUCCUCGCGGACAAGGCCUCCUAGUAAGACUGAAUGUAAGGCCAGGAUGAAUAUUGCUGUUUAUGAUGAUGGACGAUAUGUUGUGACUCGUGUCUGUCUUGAUCACAAUCAUGAACUUAAUCCAGGGCAGCCGCGAGAAUUUAGAAGCAGUAAGAUGGUCACUUCUCAACCCAAGAGAAAGAAGUUGAGUCCACUGAUGCUUGAUCUUCAACAGCUUGGUGUGGACUCGGAUGAGAAAUGUGACUUUCUUAUCAAAUUGCUUACAGAGGCAAAGAGCAAACUUCUUUCUGUUGCCCAUGCAGAUGGAUUGAAGGAUAUUCUCCAGCAAAAAAAGGAGAAUUUAAGGGAAGAGAUGGACAUUUAA